AUGCCCCGUGCACCGUAAGUACAUCGGUCUUCAGCAGCGCUACAGGGACGAGGCGACGGCCACCAACUUCGUCUUCAUCAACUUCAAAGUGUUCAAGUUUCCAGAUGCAGGGAUGCUCUAUUUCGACUGCCAGUGUGCCGUGUGCAAAGACACGUGCGAACAGGUGGGUUACGCGAACGAGGUGGGCGAGGCGUUCAGGGCCCUGGUUCACGUGAAUGCAGUGCGCUUCAGCUACGCGGUCGCCUGCACCUACGUGACGGCAGACGCCGCGCACAAGGGCAACGAAGCUAGAAUCACAAACUGGCCGGACGAAUCUCUGCGGAACAAGAAAAUCCUACACGCUGUCCUCGACACCUUCCUCUGGCAGGGGUUGGCGUCCGUCGCCAUUCCGGGUUUUACCAUCAACCGAAUCUGCGCCGGGUCAGCGCUGAUCCUGCGCAAGACGACCGCGCUGCCACCUGGCGUGCGAAAGUGGACGACAACGUUCGUCGGUCUCGCGGCGAUCCCGUUCAUCAUACACCCGAUCGAUCGGACGGUCGACUACGGCAUGAAUCGCACGGUGCGGAGGUGGUACGAAAUCGGGCCGGUUGAGACGAAGGUCGUCCACCACACGCGCGACUGCGAGACGCCAUCCGAGAUACUGCGGUCGACCGACGCGGAGUGAG